UAUAAGUUCGUUUCAUUUCAUGAAAUAUCAUGAAGAAAAUGGCAAUUCUUAGAGGACACAAACUCGUUGAAAAAUGUAAGAUUGGUCCAUCAAUGAGAUCAACUUCUUCUGUUCCUCUGUCGUUCCUUGAUUUGCCUUUAGCAGGUCCUAUUUAUGUCAGACGCCAAUUCUUCUACCACUUCCCCCAUUCCACACUCCAUUUUUCUGAAACUACCAUUCCUUCUCUCAAAACCUCUCUCUCUCAAACCCUUCAACUCUUCUUUCCUCUUGCCGGAAACCUCCUGUGUCCUCCACCACCCCAUAAACCCUUCAUUCGUUGCACCCAUGAUGACUCUGUCCCCUUCACUAUCAUCGAGUCCAAAGCUGAUUUCGACUACCUCUCAUCAAACCACCCCAAAAGUCUCAAAGACUUGGAACACUUGGUUCCCAAGUUAGCAUGCACGAACACACACGAUGACACGUUUGUGUUCCCUUUGCUGGCAUUGCAAGCCACGGUUUUCCCCAACCGGGGCCUCUGCAUCUCGAUCACCUAUUGCCACGUGAUGGAUGAUAGUUGUUGCAGCAAUUUCAUGAAGUCUUGGGCUUCCUUUUGUCGAAGUGGUGGCGUUGACUUGACUCUUGAAGGAAAGUCAGCUCCGUGCAUGGACAGGGGAGUGUUGAAGGACCCCAAAGGGUUGGAAGCUAUCUUCUUAAGAGAUUAUUUUGAAGAGAGGUCAACUUGGAAGGAAAAGCUCGCUGGGAAAACCUCGGAGGUUUGCAAUGCUGAAGAUUAUGUCAAAGCCACGAUUGUUUUUGGAAGGGAUGAUAUCGAGAGGCUGAGAAGAUCGGUGUUGAAGCAAUGGAAGAGAAGUGAAGAAUUCAGCACGUCACAACAUGUAUCGAAAUUUGUGGUGACUUGUGGCUUUGUGUGGGCUUGUUUGGUUAAAACAAGACACAGAAGCGAAUAUGAAGAAGAUAAAGAAGAGUACUUUCGUUUCGCUGCAGAUUGCAGAGAUUGGCUUGAGCCUGCUGUGCCAGAAACAUACUUUGGAAACUGCUUAACGUUAUGUUUUGCAAUGCUGAAGAGAAAGGAGCUGAAGGGAGAAGGUGGUUUUGUGAAUGCGGUGCAGGUUAUGAGAAGGGCAGUGAGUGAUAUGAAAAGUGAUCUGUUUAAGGAUGCAGAAAACUGGAGGGAAACAUUUACGAGGAUGUUUGCUUUGGGAAGUACUUUGAUAGUUACAGGGUCACCCAAGUUCACUGUUUAUGAGACUGAUUUUGGAUUUGGAAAGCCUAAGAAAGUGGAAAUGGUACAUUCCAUGAAGGGUAUGUCUCUAGCAGAGAGUGGAGAAAAGGAAGGAGGACUUGAAGUUGGCUUGGUGUGUACAAACACACAAUUUGAAUAUUUAGUUUCUGUCAUUAAACAAGAACUUCAACUUUCAAAAUCCUGACUUUAUUAGUGUCAUUAUAAGCAAAAUUUAAAGCUGAUUCAAUGAGUAAAGCUUGACUUGAUUUUA